UCAUGACACAUCCCUCCGCCUCCUGGGUUGGCGGAGACAGUCUGGAGCAGCAUUUAAAUUCUGGGAGGUCCGGGCUGUCAGCAGCAGGACAGACGGAGCUGAGCAACCUUGGCUUUGCAGUCUCCUGCGGCAUUCUCGGAGGAAGCCAGCCAAGGACCAACCGCAAGUAUGAGAGUUGCAGUGAUUUGCUUUUGCCUGUUUGGCAUUGCCGCCGCUCUCCCGGUGAAAGUUUCUGUUUCUGGUAGCUCCGAGGAGAGGCUGCUUUACAACAAACACGAAGAUGCUGUAGCCACAUGGCUGAGGCCUGACCCAUCUGAGAAGCAGAAUCUCCUAGCCCCACAGAAUGUUGUGUCCUCUGAAGAAACAGAUGACCUUACACAAGAAACUCUUCCAAGCAACUUCGAGAAAAGACAUGACCAUGAGGACAAUGAUGAUGAUGAUGAUGAUGAUGAUGGAGACCACACAGAGAGCAAGGAUUCUCUGGACUCUGAUGAAUCUGACUCUGAUUCCCAUCAUUCUGAUGAGUCUGAGGAGUCUGUUACUGCCACUUUGCAAACAGACGUUUUCACUCCACUUGUCCCCACAGUAGACACCCCUGCCGCCCGAGGGGACAGUUUGGCUUAUGGACUGAGGGCGAGGAAGUUGUACCUUUCUGAUGAACAGUAUUCUGAUGCUACAGAUGAGGACCUCCCCUCCCAAGUAUACAGUGUGCCCUCGGAUCAGGACAGCAAUGGGAAGACCAGCCAUGAGUCAAGUCAGCUGGAUGAACUAAGUGCAGAAACCUACAGGGAUGGACAAACCGAGGAGCAUAAACAGGACAGCCAUGACAGCACCGAGCAGUCUGAUGAGAUGUAUAGCAAAGAAAAGCCGUCCAAAGCCAGCUGGGAAGCGCAGAGCCCAGAGUUUCACAGCCAGGAGGACAAGCUGGCCCUAGGCGCUGAGAGUAAGAAAGAUGAAAACUCUCUGAAAUUCCGUGUUUCUCAUGAAUUAGACAGCUCAUCUUCUGAAGUCAAUUAAAAGAGAGGCAAAAGCGCAGUUCCUUACUUUGCUUUUAGCAAAAGCAAAGAAAUGUCUUAGGGAGGGUUAAGCAAGAAUCCUAACACUCAUUUCUCAGCCCAGUGGAUAGCUGUAUGUGGAGAGGGGAACAGAGAAUAUUCUGGACCGUUAGCUUAGUUUGUUGCUUCAUGCACACGCCCCUGUAACCUCAAGGCUUCAGCACCUUGCUUCUGUUCUUCCUUUAGAAGAAAUGCAAAUGGCCACUGCAUUUUCAUGGUUGCUAUUCUUUUAUGAACAAAAUGUAUGUAGAUGCAAGCAAAUGUACACGGUUAAAAGAGAAACUGUAACAGUCUGUCACUAUAAUCUUCUGUUUUUAUAAUUAGUGUAUAUUUUGUUGUGAUUAUUUUUGUUGGUGUGAAUAAAUCUUGUCUCUUGAAUGUA